AUGCCUCCGAGACGUGGUAGACCUGCCCGUUUGCCGGUGAGGGAAGAACCCCCUCCACCCGAGCAUGCACCACCAGAGUUCCAGCAGCAGUUCUUUGAUACGAUGUGGCAUCAGUACCAGAUGAACAUGCCACAUCAGGCUGGAGCUAGACCAGAGGGUAUUCCACCCCCACCUCCGCCGGGACCACCAGGGCAUCUAGCCCCUGUUGUGGUGGACUACCUGCCCUUGAUACGGGAACUUCGGAUGAUGGGGACACCGAGGUUUGAGGGUACUCAGAGACCUGAGAUCGCGGAGGAUUGGCUGAUCCGCAUCUCCAGGGAUCUGGAUUAUGUCAGAUGCCCGCUGUUGUACCGGGCAGAGAUCGCGAGCCACCAUCUGUAUGGAGAAGCACUUCAUUGGUGGGAGGAAGUGGUUCGUGAGGCUGCACCCGGAUAUCAGUUUACUUGGGAGGAGUUCCGGGCACGUUUUGAAGACAAGUAUUGUCUGAAGGGAGACCAGGAUCACCGUAUUGUGGAGUUCCUCCAUCUGGAGCAGGGUGAUCGGACUUUAGCUGCGUAUGAGGCCGAGUUCACCCGUCUAUUGCGAUAUGGGGCACAUCUGGUGCCAACUGAGAGGCUGAAGAUCCAGAAGUUUGUGACUGGAUUACGCCCAUAUCUGCGCAGGAGGAUAGAGAUCCAGGAGUAUCCUACGCUGAGUAGGUACAUUGCGCAGCUGACCAAGCUGGAAAGGACAGAGUAUGAGGAGCAGCAAGAGGCAAGGAACCGAGAGAGGAGUCCUAUGAGACGAGUUACAUUCACUCGUCCCUCGAGUUCCAGACAGAUGAUGCAGCCCCGGGAUAAGGGGAAGGCGCCAGCAUUUCGUCCGGCAGCACCACCGCCACCAGCACUGCCAGGAUCGCGCAGAUCUUGCCCACGUUGCGGGCGAGAUCAUGUUGGACCAUGCCGUACUGGGUAUACUUGUUACCGUUGUGGUCAACCUGGCCACUUCGCUAACCAGUGCACCGGAGACGUAGCUGCUUCCAGUCAGCAGAGAGUCAGACCCCCACGCCCUCAGCCACCACGUAGAGGAGGAGUAGCACCACGGGUAUAUGCACGUGCGGUGGAGGAAGAAGUCCUGGGCGACGGAGCUUACUUUGCUCAGGAGACAGUCACCAUUGAUGCUGUCGUCGAGGGUGACCCCGAGCAGUUAGACGCUGCUACCAUCACAGGUAUCAUACAUCUUCAUGGUACUGCAUGCCACGUUUUGUUUGAUACGGGAGCUACACAUAGCUUCCUAAGUUUAAGUACAGCGGAGGGCUUGGAUGUGAUGGAUAUGGAUACAGCUGAGAGAUAUAGAGUGCAUACCCCUUCGGGAGAGAUCCUGCCAGUGACCGGGGUGUUACGCGGGAUCCCUCUAAUACUCUGUGGAAGGAAUCUCUUAGCUGAUCUGAUUAUAGUACCUAUUCAGGGGUAUGAUUUGAUAUUGGGAAUGGAUUGGCUGACCGUGCAUCAGGCACACAUUGACUGCCGCAGGCGGGUGAUUCAGUUUGCAGAUGCGGCAGGGAAGUUUGAGUUUAUGGGAGACAGAGCACGAAAUCCUUUCCCGAUCAUAUCAGCAUUUCAGGCCAGCCGAAUGAUUCAGAAGGGAGAUGAGGCGUUUCUCGUGGUAGUGACAGCUAUCCAGGAGGCGGAGAUGAGGUUGGAUGAGACGCCUGUAGUUCGUGAUUUUCCUGACGUCUUUCCGGAGGAAUUGCCAGGGCUACCACCGGAGAGAGAGGUGGACUUUUGCAUUGAUGUGAUUCCAGGUACGGAACCGGUAUCUAAGACUCCGUACCGAAUGGCUCCAACAGAGAUGGCAGAAUUGAAGAAGCAGUUGAAUGAGUUGAUGGAGAAGGGAUUCAUUCAGCCGAGUGUUUCGCCUUGGGGAGCGCCCGUGCUAUUCGUCAAGAAGAAGGACGGUAGCAUGCGAUUGUGCAUUGACUAUCGAGGACUUAAUCAGGUAACCAUUAAGAAUCGGUAUCCACUGCCGAGGAUUGAUGAGUUACUUGAUCAGUUGCAGGGUGCACAGUGGUUCUCGAAGAUAGAUUUGCGCUCGGGAUAUCAUCAGAUUGGUGUGAAGGCCGGGGAUGUGCAGAAGACGGCUUUCCGUACACGGUAUGGACAUUUUGAGUUUGUCGUUAUGCCUUUUGGACUGACGAACGCUCCUGCAGUAUUUAUGCAGUUGAUGAACCGUGUAUUCAUGGAUUACCUCGACGAGAAGUUGGAUUUAUGGGCCAUGUGA